GGGCGCCCUAAUAUUACAUUGGGCCGUGGGUGGCGGGUCCCUAAAGCCCGUGCCCUAAUUUCUCCUGCGCCGUCUACACCACCUCCAAUUUUUCCCGGCACUUGUUCUCGGCGCCGGAGAUAUUUAGACUACGACAUCACCACACAAUGCGUCAAUCUGCAGAAUCCAUCGUACUCGGCGUUGUCCGGGACGAGCUGAGGGAAAAGGAUGGCGAUAUCAGGGGCAUCAAUGACCAGAUUCACGCCCACCCAGAGCUGGCAUACGAAGAGUUCAAAGCCCACGAUGCGUUCGUCUCGCUCCUGCGAAAGCUUCAAUUCGAAGUAACCCCGCACGCCUAUGGAGUCGAGACCGCCUUCUCGGCCGACUACGGAUCAGGUGGUCGCCUGGUAGUCUACAAUGCCGAGUAUGACGCCCUGCCAGGCAUUGGCCACGCCUGCGGCCACAACCUGAUUGCGUCGUCGUCCCUCGCCGCCUUCCUGGGUCUCGUCGCUGCCCUCAAGCACCAUCCGGACCAGCCGGGACGCGUCCGUCUCCUGGGCACUCCCGCCGAGGAGGGCGGCGGCGGCAAGCUCAAGCUGAUCGCCGCCGGAGCCUACAAGGACGCCGCCGCCAGCCUGAUGGUGCACCCUGGGCCCUCCUACCUGCUCGCCGCGCCCGUCGAGGAGGUUGCCUUUGUGCGCAUGCUGGCCAACGUCAAGAUGCGCAUCUACUUUAGCGGUCGCGAGAGCCACGCCGCCAUGGCUCCCUGGGAUGGCAUCAACGCCCUCGACGCCGCCAUGCUGUCGUACAAUGCCGUCUCCAUGCUCCGGCAGCAUAUCCGACCCUACGAGCGCAUCCACGGGGUGGUGCGUCAGGGCGGCGAAAGGCCCAACGUGACCCCCUCCUCCACGCAGGUCGAGUACUACAUCAGGAGCGACACGCGCGCCGCGGCCCAGAAGCUCUGGGAGAGGGUCAAGCUCUGCUUUGAGGGGGCCGCCAUCGCGACCGGGUGUGGCGUCCGAUACGAGCCCAUCAACUCGUACGCCGACGUCCGGCCGUCGCGUGCCCUGUGUCGCGAGUACCAAGCUGUGCAGGCGCCAGAUACCGUCUCAUUUUCGGAGCCGGCCGAUUUCCUGGCAGGCAGCACCGACAUGGGCGACGUGUGCUACGAGUGUCCCGGCUUCCAUGGUGCAUUCGGCAUCGACACGGAGAAGGGCCAGUCGAACCACACGCCUGCAUUUGCGGCCGCUGCAGCGCUGGACAAGUCCUACAAAAAGGCCAUCGAGUGCGGGAGGGGGAUGGCAAUGGUUGGGUGGCGGGUUCUGAGCGACGAUGCUUUUGCUGCCGAGGUGCAAAAGGAGUGGGAAGAGGAUAUGCGUAUCGCCAAGGACACUUGAUGCAGUAAGCGGACAUGGUUUGUUACAGGGUUAGAGGACUAGCACUGUUGAGCUGAGCUACCUAGGUGGGUAAAUAUACACAAAAACAAACAAUCUGCGAUGGUUGCGCAAAAUUCCAGGUCAUCAUCGCUACUACCCCGCUGGCGGAUCAAAGGCGGCUUAGCAACCUCAUCUCGCCAGGGGCGUGGUACUCGGGCACCUUCAUUUCAAGGGCCUCGCCAGAGUAGCCAAGAUCCUCGGCAACAAGGACGGCAGCCUUUUCGCCGAUGAGAAGGGCUGUGGAGUAUCUAUCGAAAGACGACUGUGUCAGUACAGCGAGGGUACCUGGGCUGCCAAGUCGGCCAAGUGGUUCCCUCUUUCAGGGGGGGUUAUUGUUAGUUUAUGACUUACGUGUUGCAUCCAACAUUGUCAGGGCAGAUACUGAGGUCGGCAACCUUGAGGUUGGAAACACCGUGGACGUUCAAGCGCUCGUCUAGGACGCCGUGCUUGACGAUGCUGUUGCCCUCCUUGGGAGCCAUGGAGCAUGU